AUGCCGCUGAAGGUCGUGGUGGAGCUGCAGAUCCAUGCGGUCUCUUGUCCUGGUGUGUAUUUAACAGAGAAGAAUGAUGUGUAUCUCCAUGUUUGCAUUCUGGGUCAGUGCAAGGAGACAGACUGUCUCCCUCCCAUCUUUCCUCUCUUGUUUCGUGAGCGAAUGUGGUUUGAAAAGAUAUUUGAAAAUGCUACAGAUCCAGUUGCUGUAGUAGAACAGCUGGAAAAAAGUGUUGCCAAGAUUCAAUUAUCUGAAUUGAUAUCUUCAGAGAAAGAAGAUAUUGCAUUUUAUGAAGCAAACACUCGAGAUUUUCUGUUUCCAGAGCCCAAACUGACACCUGCAUAUCCUGGAGUGGACAGAGAGUUACUAAUGAACACACAUCCUUCUUUUCCAGGCAUUGCUCCAAAAUUAGAGUUUUCCACAAGAACAACUAUCACAGAAAUUCCACUUCUGUCCAGAAGAAGGUAUCGUGACAGACAUAAAAACAAGUUACAAAGGGCUGCCUCUGCAUCACCCCGGCGAAGGAGCAUCUCGCCUGCACAGUGCAGGGCAACAAAGAAAAAAAAUGGUAGGAGAUUGACCAGAUCCUUGCGCUCUCGCUCUCCAUCACCAAGGUCACCAAGACAUCAUCUCCAUGAGCUCUGCAGAGAAAACCAACAACACCUAUCUCCUCUGAGCCUGAAGUCUGUUAAGUUCAAAGCAGAAACAGACUACCGGCCACCUUUUGUAGUUCGACAUUCUAGCUUUCCCCAACCCAGAGCCCUCUGGACUGAAUAUUCAGUCACCCUAACAGGAUGGCCAAUAUACUGGCCAGAGAAUGAUGACAGCUAUAGACCUGUUCAUCUGGAGAAGGCUAUGCUAGACGAUGUGCUGAGUGCGUUAUCAUUUGAUAGCUGGAAAACAGCAUGUCCAGCAGCUAAGGUGAUCAGAGAACCAGAUGGGCAAGACAGUUUGUCUCUUGAUUCAUCAUCUCCUAAAGCAAAGGAAUCUGCCAGUUGCUUAAGUAACAAUCCUACUUUUUGCCAUGAAGCUUCGUUUGCCUCCCCACUGCGUUACCGGUCACCAAGUCCUGAAGGAUACAAUGCAAUGAUGCUCAUCAGCAGAGAUAAAGAAGAAUAG